CACUGGUUGCCUGGAGACUCCACUUCAACAGCCUGCCUGCUCCUGAUUGGCUGAAACGGAGAGAGGGACAAGCCCCGAGACGCGAUAAAAGGCAGAGGAGAAGAGGAGGAAAGAGGAGAGGAAAGAGGAGACUUCAGAACAAGCAGAAACAUGCCUGAGGAAAGAGUGUAAGCAGACAGCAUUUAAACCCCUUAAAAAGCCCCAGAGUGUGGCUUUACCCGCAGCAGCAUGUCUUUGGAGGUGCAGGAGAAGACUCAUGUGCGGGUGGUGUUCCUGGGAGCAGCUGGAGUGGGUAAAACUGCGCUGAUCCGUCGCUUUCUCCAGGACACUUUUGAGCCCAAACACCGGCGCACGGUGGAGGAGCUGCACAGCAGAGACUUUGACAUCAGCGGGGUCAAAGUGACGGUGGAGAUCCUGGACACCAGCGGCAGUUACGCGUUCCCGGCCAUGCGUAAACUGUCCAUCCAGAACAGCGACGCGUGCGCUCUGGUGUACGCCGUGGACGACCCGGAGUCUCUGGAGGCGGUCAAAAGUCUCCGGGAUGAGAUUCUGGAGAUCAAGGAGGAUAAGUACACUCCCAUUGUGGUGGUGGGCAACAAAGUGGACCGUGAGGACGCGCGCCGGGUGUGCGGGGACGAGGUUCUGUCCACGGUGGAGCUGGACUGGAACAGCAGCUACGUGGAGGCGUCGGCGAAGGAGAACGAGAACGUGCUGGAGGUUUUCAAAGAGCUGCUGCAGCAGGUGAACCUGCCCAGGCGUCUGAGUCCGGCCCUGAGGAGAAGAAGAGAGACGUUUCCCAAAGACACAGACUUCAGGCCGCCCAUGAACAAGACCAACAGCUGCGUCCUGUCCUAAUGUCCCAGAGAAGGAGCCGAGGAAGACUUUGGACAAGACUCUGGACAUGA